AUGCACAUUUUCUUCGAAAGCCGCACACACACAUCACCUCCCUGUGUUCCUGCCGGGCCCUCACGCAGGGCUGUGGGCGGGGCUGUGGGCGGGGCUGUGGGCGGGGCUCGCGCGUGGGCCCCGCCCCCGGCGGUUGGGCGCGCGCCACCCUCACCUCAGCGCACCCCGCCGGCCGCCCCCACGCGCACCGCCCCCGCGCUCUCCUAUUGGUUCCCCCGGAGCCGCGCCGGGCGCCCAUUGGUCGGCGCCGAGCGGGUCGCGGCCCGGGCCGCCGAGCCCGGCGCCCACACUUGGGCGGGCACGCAGGCUCAGGGGCUGCACGGCGUCGGACCAGCGCUGCCAACAGGUUCUCGGCGGCUUCUCUCCCUCCUUGCCUCCCUCCGGCGGCUYUCCUCCCAAGGUUGCCCUGCGGGGSUCUCCCCACGCGGGCGGCUCUCCCGACUGCCCACCCCAGCAGUCCUAGUACCCCGCCACGACUCACCCCCUCCAGCCGCCGCCCCAGCCAGGUCUCCCGCCCGCGGUCCCUCCUAUGUGGGUCGUCCCCGCACGUGCCCGGGGAUCCCCCCGCCGUACCAUCCCCAGGGACACCCUCCGUCCCAGCCACCCGACCCCCCGGGAUGCCCGGGUAGCUCACCGGAGGAGCCGAGCCCGCCCCGAGGUGCCGCCGCCGCUCUCCCGGUUUUCCUCUUUUUGUUCGCCGCUCCCCGCUCGGGCGGCGGCGCCCCCGGGCCCGCGCGCGGGGGGGUGGGCGGGGCCCCCGGGCGCCCUCCGGCCAAUCGCCGGCAAAGGUGUGUGGGGCGGCGGCCAAUGGGCGCCGGGUGCCCGCGCGUGAUCGGCGGCCGCGCGGCGGCGUGGCCGGAGUGUCAGCGCGGCGUGUCCCCGCCGGCGGCUGAGUCAGAGCGGCAGCCCCCGCCCCGCCUKCCGUGCCCUUCCCUCCCCGGCAUCCGUGUGGGAGCGGCGGGGGCGGCCCGGCGCUUCCUCCCGCAUGAGGUCACACGGCGGCGGGGGAGGGAGCAGCCUCCCCGCGGCGGCCCCCGCUCCCCGUCGGGCUGA